CACACCUUGCACAGUUACCCUCUGCUCCAGUUCCCGCACGCGGCCGGUGUUUCGUGCACGCGACACGACGGACGUCGGAUCGACAAUCGCGAUGAAUCUCGACAAGUCACUUGCGCGUUGAAAAAGUCGCUCGACAAAGUGUAUCUCUCGUCCGCCUUUGUUUCGCGCGAGCGCAUUCCCGGAUCGAACCUCCGUCGCGCGAGAGAGGCGCUUAUCGAUCUCUGAUACGAGAAGGCAAUGACGUCUCCUGUGCGUGCGAACGGACGAUGAGUAACGACGUGCCGCGGGCCACGGUCUCGAGACACGGUGACGAGUGAGGGAAGAUGACAGCUUCCUUCGAGAGUGUCGAUCUGCGGUGCGUACGAACGAUCGAUUACUGGAGCCUGGAUCACAUUGUUGGCCGCGAGACGGUCGAGAACGACAACGAUCGAUCCGGACGCCGAUAAGACGGGCGAGCUGAUCGACGAGCGGUCCGCCGCUGCCAAUGCCGAUCGCGCGACGCGCUCACGCGGACACCGAACCGGGAUCGAACCGAUCGUACGAAAAGGGAACACCGGACAGGAAGUGGCGCAAACGAGCUUCACGAGGGAUAUUCUUUGCGCCGCUUUGUUCGCGGCGAGGCACGGAUUCAAAAGGACUCUGACACGGCGGAACAAUAAGACAACGAGACAAUAAGAACCGGUAGCGGGGCUUCUCUCUCCUCGGGAGGGUGCUCUUUGAGCGCUGGAAUUCUUCGCGCUGGCUGUACGAGCGAGUAGCGGGAGCGGGCAACGGAAAAAAGAAGAGUAACCGCGAGGCGCGAUGCGCAACGAACACGUCUCUCUCGUGACUGCCGGACGAUCGAUCACCGGUUUUUGCGGUUUGCGCGAUCUCGCCGGCGUGAUCUCCGCCGGUGGUGGAAAGGAUCGUUAGGUGUUUCGCGCGCGCCAGUGCGACGACGAUGUGCCGGCUGAUAAAUUCUCUCCGCAUCGAAAUCGUUAACGAGAAGACGACGACGACGACGACGACGAUGGCGACGACGAUCUCCACUGCGAUGACAAUCGGCCAACGUUCUCUCGCGUGAGGCCACAGAAGAUCGUCGUUCCGCGGCGAUAACGCGUCGCGUGAAUCGCGUAUCUGCGAUCGGACGAUCAGGAGCCAAUUGUAAAUUACGCUCGAUUAUUAAGUACGCGCUGCGCUGAUAAUAAUGGCUACUUGGUUUUCAUUUUAAUUGUCGUCUAUUUGCUGACUCCGCGAUCGACGCCCAUUAGGAUAACCGAUUUGACGGCUCCUCCAGAUAAACGGCGUUCACGUCGGAUUAAGAUAGCCGACUUUCUAAGAUCGAAUCGGCCAGAUCGCGCCGUUCAUCUCGCGUCCGGCCUCGAUCGCGCCUCAUUAAGGUGAAUCGAGUAAAUCUUACUUGAAAUUACAUUCCAUCGAUACCGCGGUGGUUCGCUUUGAAGAGGAACGCGCUUAACGACUUUACUUUUUCAUAACCGCCUGCUGAUCGAAUUCACGGAUCACGAGCUUCCCGCGAGUCCGGUCUUAAUUAUCAUUGAUGGAAGCACCACCCGUGGCACGCGAUACGCGAUCGGUACGCGCGAUUGGCAACGUAUACGAGAGACGGUGCGUUCUCGCGGCCGCUUAGUUACUGCAAAGAGAAUCUCUCUCUCUCUCUCUCGGAGAAAAAGAAUAUUUGGGGACCGUAAACACUCCGCGCCGCGCGGUCCGUCGCGGUACGAGGAUGUUAAGCGUGCAAACACUUUAGAAAAUCCAAAUGUUGGCUCUGUAAGUUCGGCUCUUUCGCACCUGUCCGGUGCGAACGUGCGCGCGCGCGCGCGUGCGUACGGCUUUGUGCCGCCACGAGGUGCUAACGAGAACUCGGAGUGAUAUAGUGACCCGAAAUCUGUGACGAAGAACUUCUCACGACGUUGUUCAAAGGAGACGCCGUGGUUGAGUAAACACCAAAGGCAACACCUUACAUUGUAAAAUACAUUGAGAGAUUGAAUUUGUCAAGUGAUAACGUGCGCGACGAGUCGCGCACAGGAUCCGACAACGGAACGGGGUCGGUCCCGGUUUCCGAACGACGAACUUCCGGUGAGCGCCGCUCAUUCGUCGCGCGACCCGCUGCCGCUGGUCGCGGAAGCGUAAAACUUUGUCGCGUGCACAUCCGCUUUUUGUACAUUCAAUAACAACAAGGUGAUUGUGAUGUAAGAGAUGCGUCGCGGUGAUAUCGCGACAAUCGCGAUAGCCCUUCUCAUUCUUGGGCAGAUCCAGGAGCCACGGCAAACGAGGGUGGUCGGAGCGAUGGUGGUCAGCGCGGCUAUCUGCAGCCGCAUCCCCGGAUUGACGAAAGGUCAGCGCGAGCUGUGCCGGAAAUCGCCGCAGGCGAUGCCGGCGGUGGGCGAGGGCGCCGCGCUGGGUCUGCGCGAGUGCCGGCACCAGUUCAGGCAUCAUCGCUGGAACUGUUCCCACGUGUCGUCGUCCAACGAUCAGGUCUUCGGCCACGUGGUGGUAGUAGGCAGCAGGGAAGCGGCUUUCACGUACGCGAUAAGCUCGGCCGGUGUCACGUACGCCGUGACCGCGGCUUGCAGCCGCGGUAACAUCACGGCCUGCGGUUGCGAGCCUGCUGUAAGGACGAGGAAGGAUUCACCGCCGAUCGGCUGGGAAUGGGGCGGCUGCAGCGCCGAUGUCACGUACGGGAUGAGGUUCGCGCGUAGGUUUCUGGACGUGAGAGAGAUCGAAGGAGACGCUCGGAGCUUGAUGAAUCUUCACAACAACAAAGCCGGAAGAAAGAUAGUUAAAGCUCUUUUACAGACGGAAUGCAAAUGUCACGGUGUAUCCGGAUCAUGCACUGUAAGAACAUGUUGGCGAACGUUGCCCAGUUUUCGCCAGAUCGGCGAUGCGCUGAUGAAAAAGUAUUAUAAGGCCAGACCUGUCAUGGCAGUCACACCGUCUCCCUCGCCCACAAUGCAGCCGAUGGACUUGAUAUCGCAUUCCAUGUCGUCGGAAAUGGUACCCAUAUUGGGCAACGACGCCAAAACCCAGGGCAAACCGAACGAUCUUGCAAAGUCGCGGCAUGAUCGGCAGCCUUCGUCGAAAAAGAUCAGCAAACCGAAGAGGCCGCACUUGGUCUUAAAAAGGACGAAAGUCAGUGGCGGUCCGAGCAUGGGUUUGAAGAGGAUUCCAAAGAGAAGCGAGCUGGUUUAUCUGCAAUCUUCCCCCAAUUAUUGCGAGCCGGAUUUGACGCAGGGUAGUCUCGGAACGCAAGGCAGAUACUGCAAUCGUACAAGCAAAGGAACCGACGGAUGCGAUUUAAUGUGCUGCGGCCGCGGCUACAACACUCAUCAAUUUACGAGAACAUGGCAGUGCAACUGCAAAUUUCAAUGGUGCUGUCGCGUACAUUGCGAUACCUGUACGGAACGUACCGAGGAAUACACGUGCAAAUAACACCAUUAUCGCACAAUGUGUGUGUAUAUAUUUGCAAAAUACAACACGUAUAUACUGACGAUGAUAUUCAAACGAACAAACUUUAUCUUAUAACGAACAAGAGCAGACAACCUGACACGCAAACAACGCGUCGAUACUUAAAAAAUUAUUGUAAAAACUAUAUCAAAAUAUCAUAAUUAUAGACAAUUAACUUUGUUAUCAAAUAUAUUCGGUUCGAUCAGAAUUGUUAGCUUCUUUACAUUUUCAUAGAAUUAUUAAACGAUAAAAUUAGUUUAAAAUUAAGUUUAAAAUAAAAAACGAAUUAAACUUAAAAAUUAUACUAUGCCAAAAUUCACAUCCUAUCUGGAAAUUUUCCACGUAUUAUUUUCUGUUCUAUUAUACUGUUAUAUUCAUAUCCCAUUGUCAGUCUGGACGUUUGAUAUAUUGACGUGAUCACUGUAGUAAGUAUAUUUAACAUUAUGUAAAUGUUCGUUUAGACAUAAAAUUUACUGUGCGAUAGUAAUAUAGUAAAUAUGUAUUUUAUAAGUAGUUCGUAUGUUCCCCUAAAAUUAGUGCUACAUAUAAAUAAUAGAUAACAUUUUCUCCGAAUCAAUAUUACAAGUGAAUCUCCUACUUAUGUCUUAUAAACUCUCUAGAUAUUUUAUAGGGAUAUACUUCAUAAAUUAUUAUUUAUUAAAAGCGCACGAUAAAUUAUACUCAUGUACUUAAUAUCUUUGUCUUUUCGCUGGUAAAUAAAGCAUAAGAAUUU